AUUAUUCCACUGCUCUGAAAACUCACACUYUUCCUGAGAUAUUUACCUGUUUACCAAUUUAAAUAUCAUACUAAAAAAUUAUAAUUACACACAAGAAAGAAUUAUGAAGGUGGCACCGCUACACGUGAUAUAAUUGAAAAUCCCAAAAUGUCCUCUCAUAGGUACAACAGGACCUAACACAGUGGCAUGUAUGGCCUUAGCGAUACGAUCAAAAACUAAUGUCCAUUAAAGAACAUAAAAAUUAAUUGCUGGGUCUCAGGAGGAUAUGGGAGCUUGUGAGACUUUCCUACAACGUUGUUAUCCAAUUAGACUCCUGUACCACCUCUCUUCUUGUCAGUCUGUAGAUGCAGAGGCUGCAGGUCCUGGAGGAUCGUCUCUGGUCAAGCAGGAGAAGACUGAAAGAGAGGACCCACCACACAGCAGAYAGACCCAGACUAGAGCGGCCCCUGUAGCCACGGAGGACCCAGCACUGCCCAGGAUCCGAUGCAGCAUCGGGUCAGUGGAACACCGAACACCGUCAGAGAUCAACACUGAGACUUUAACUGAAACACACAGGCUCUUACACACAGGAUAUGACCACAGAUCAGACCCAGAGAGACUGGGCUGUCCUCCUGCUCCCGGCUCAGAGUACUUACCGGUAUUUCACCAGAGCCAGAGGACAGUUUAUUCCCAUGGAGAUGUUGGUGACGCGCUAGACACUGGCGGUGAUGAUCUGUCUUGUUCUUACACUACAGAGACGGACGCUAGCAACAUAUCCUUGGGCUUAGAGACACAGACUGAUCUGUCUAGAGGGGACUGGAACCGGUACAGUAGUAGUGUAUACUCUGAAGGGUGCCAGGACAAGAAAGUGGAGGUUAUGGUGGUAGAUGAGGUGACUGUGAAAGUGGAGGGCGACAUUCCUCCCACAUGGAAUGCAGAUAGUCACCUAGGAGACGGACAGUCCCAGGGWAGAGAUUUCUUAGAUUACAGGGAAAGCUUAGAGACCAAUCCAAAUGUCGCGAUCCAAUCCCCUUUACAUUCGCUCAGGGAURGCGYCCCAGUGUCCACUUCGAUGGGACCUUCCGAUUCACAAGGCCGCGUCCUUUUCGAUCAGGUAUUGAACUCAAACGACAGGGCUAGAGCCCAGGCUCAGGGAGGGGGAGCCACAUCAGGCAAUGGUAAAGAGAAACGGUUCCUCUGCAUGUUCUGUAAUAAAGGAUUCAGCUGCCUCCAGAAGGUGGAGAUCCACCAGAGGGUCCACACAGGGGUAAAACCCUACAGCUGUACCCAGUGUCAUAUGCGCUUCGCCCAGGCUCGUGACCUCAAGAGGCACCAGAGGGUCCACACAGGGGAGAAACCUUACAGCUGCCCCCAGUGUGAGAAGAGGUUCUCCCGCCAGGARAAUCUGAAGAUACARCUGAAGGUCCACACAGGAGAGAGGCAGUUCGCCUGUACGCAAUGCGGGAAGAAGUUCACAGAGAGGAGCUACCUCAGGAUACACCAGCAGAAAAACCAUCCCACUCUAUUAACAUAGAAAGUAAUCAUUCCACUUGAUAGCUUCUGAAGUUUAGAUCAAAACCUGCAUUAAAGGGUAGGUAGCAUAAACAUAACUGAAUGUAACAUGGAUUUGCAUUAGUAUACGRMUCAAAAGUCCCAAUGCAAAGUUACCUCACUUUUCAAUUUUUCAAGUUAUUACAUWAAACCCAUAAAAAUGCCGAAGUCAUCCUGGAAGAUGUUUUCGCGGGGUGUGACGUAAUAUGUAAGCCCCAGGAAAGCCAGCCUAUUCCCCAUGAAUGUAAACUCCAAAGAAUAUAAUCUUUU